AACUGAGCAAAAAAAAAAAAAAAAAAAAAAAAAAAAAAAAAAAAAACCCUACUUCAUAAAUACACAAAAAGGAAUUUAAAGGUUUUCCUUAGCACCCUCCACCACAGUCUACCUAAUUGUAUAUCAUAGAGACAUUUCCCUAACACCUGCAGGUGUUCUCCACUAUCUCCACUGAUUCUUUCAAGAGCAAUGAAAAUCUUCCCCUCUGCUUCUUCCUUGUGUGUUUCUAACUAGUGAAUCACUUUCCUUUAUGUCUUCCUGCCCCCAUCUACUUUUGCUUUUUUUAGACUGCUCUUCCAACUUCCCCACUAAUCUCUACUCAAUAAAGGUUGAAAACACAAUUGAGCCAUAUGUCAUCCCUCUAUCUUGAACUGGAAAAACCCAAUGUUCAUUGUCAUGAGAAAAACUUGGAGAAAGCACUUCACCAAAUACAAAGAUUUAGUUCUCCAGCCAUAAUUCAGUGGUUGCCGUGGAGAUUAUGGAAGAAGGUGAUGGAUUUUAGGGAAUACCAUCUACUUUAUUUUAUUGUUAGUUAUCUCUGCUGCCCUUUGUUAUUAGGAAGUACCAAUUUUCUAAUGUUUCCCCAACAUUUAGUCAAUUUAGUAACCAUAACUUUGAAGCCAAUUAGGGCAAACAGAAACCUUACAUCUUGAUACUGGGCAUCAUGAUGCUGCUGUAUAUGGCAUUGUACCUCAACAGAGAUGCUGUUGUUUCAGGUAAGUGAACUUCAUGAUCUAGCCAGGCAAAAAUAAUUUUUGCAUAUUAUUGUGAAAUGGUAAUAAUUUGUUUUAUCCUUUAAAUGGAUUUUGAUCAAAACAGAUCAUAUCUCCCAGGCUAUGAGAAAGCUGUUAUUUGGGAGUGACAAGUUCUAGAGCUUUGAUAGUUCUUGAUAAUAUUUACUACAUCAGGAAACUCUGAAGUUAGGAAAACUAAUCCACUGUUUUUUUUUAAGGUCUCUUCAACACAAAGAUAGCUUUAGGAAAAAUAUUUUUUUGGUGGAGGGAGGUUUCUGCAUUUUGAGUAAUAUUUUUAAUUGAGAAAUGACUAAGAAAAUUAAAGAAAACCUUUCUCAGACUGUUCAAACAUUCCAAGGAGCCAGAGGGGACUCAUUGCUCUAAUCUCCGUCAUGCUUUCCCACUCCCCCUCCCUUCUUCCUUGAUCAUAACUUGUGAUCUUGGAGGCAUGAAAGAAUUUGAGCCCUUCCCCCCUCCUGAGCAUCUCCUCCUACUACUUCCUAGCCAGCCAGGACCCAUGUCAAAAAGGGUCUGUUGUGCAAAACUUUGAGCUACUCCCAGGAGGUGGUGGUAUUGUAGGGAGGAACUUUAUUUUCCAGGCAUGAGUGACAGCAGUAGGCAGACUAGGAUUCAAAAGUACACAUCCCUAGCUAAAUUUGGCGUCUUUGACCAUACUGAAUCCCCUAGAAGAUCUACAGGCAGACUUAUCAUGCAUAGCAUGGCUAUGUUUGGCAGGGAAUUUUGCUAUGCUGUAGAAGCUGCUUAUGUGACCCCAGUGCUGCUCACUGUGGGCCUGCCCAAAAGUCUAUAUAGUAUGGUUUGGCUCAUUAGUCCCAUCUUAGGCUUCAUGCUGCAACCAGUAGUGGGAUCAGCCAGUGACCACUGUAAAUCCAGUUGGGGCAAACGGAGGCCCUACAUCUUGACACUGGGCAUCAUGAUGCUGUUGGGUAAGGCAUUGUACCUCAACGGGGAUGCUGUCAUUUCAGCUAUGAUUACAAAGCCAAGCAAAAAACUGACUGACUGGGCCAUAAGCAUCACCAUGCUGGGCGUAGUGCUCUUUGACUUUGCAGCUGACUUUAUUGAUGGCCCCAUCAAAGCUUAUUUGUUUGAUGUUUGCUCCCAUCAGGAUAAAGAGAAGGGUCUCCAUUACCACGCAUUUUUCACAGGUUUUGGAGGUGCUCUCGGUUACCUUUUGGGUGCUAUAGACUGGAGUAAUUUGGAACUGGGAAGAUUACUGGGCACAGAAUUUCAGGUCAUGUUCUUCUUCUCGGCUCUGGUGUUUACCACUUGUCUCAUCAUACACUUGUGUAGCAUCCCUGAAGCCCCACUCUGUGAUAACCAAGAAGCCAGCAUGCUACAGCACAACCCACAGAGUCCUCUGCUGAUGCAGAAUGGAAACUGUGAUUAUGGUUCUCUAGAAAAAGUCAGAAAUACUUAUAUGAAAACAGAGCAAACUGAGCUAGCCACAGCAAAACUGGAAGAAGCCAGGGAAAAUAAUGAAGAGCAGACUCAGAGCAAGAUGACCAUGAAGUCUUUGCUGAAGGCUAUUUUGAGUAUGCCUUCUCACUACCGCUAUCUCUGUGUCAGCCACCUCAUUGGAUGGACAGCUUUCCUUUCCAAUAUGCUCUUCUUCACGGAUUUCAUGGGACAGAUUGUGUACCAUGGGGAUCCUUAUGCUCCGCACAAUUCUACCAGUUUUCGCAUGUAUGAAAGAGGAGUGGAAGUUGGAUGCUGGGGCUUGUGCAUCAAUUCAGUGUUUUCCUCAUUGUAUUCUUAUUUUCAGAAAGUUCUAUUAUCCUAUGUGGGACUGAAAGGUCUUUAUAUCAUGGGAUAUCUGCUCUUUGGCCUAGGGACUGGAUUUAUUGGACUUUUUCCCAAUGUCUAUUCCACUCUGGUCCUGUGUGGCCUCUUUGGAGUGAUGUCGAGCACUCUGUACACCGUGCCCUUUCAACUUAUUGCUGAAUACCAUCGGGAGGAAGAGGGGCAACAAGACACAGGUUUGACCUCCAGUAGUGGCAGAGGGAAGGGAAUCGACUGUGCCGCCCUGACCUGCAUGGUACAGCUGGCUCAGAUCCUGAUUGGAGUAUUCCUGGGGUUCUUAGUCAUCUCUGCUGGCAGUGUGAUUGUGGUGGUGAUUGUGGCUUCAGCUGUGGCCUUAUUUGGCUGCUGCUUCGUGGCUCUCUUUGUUAGAUACGUGGAAUAAAACAAUAAAGAAAUAGUGGAAUUGUA